CAAAAAGUUACGAGAAGAAAGAAAAGCUGAAAAUAAACCAAUUGUAGAGAAAUUAAACAAUUAAUUGUUGUAGAAAGAGAACAGAUAUAAUGUCAGAGAGUGGAGCCAAUAUAAGUGUUAGCUAAUUUGAGUGUUUGACCAACAAAAAGUGCAUAAAACAGCAGCUGAAGAAGAGUUUAAGCCUCAAAGAGGAAUUUAUACAUUUGUUGGGUGAAUAAUAUUAAACAAAUUGAAAACGAACAACAAAAGUGCUUGCAGUGCUCUUUCCGGCUUGCCUCUAACUGUUAAUUGUGUCCCGAAACAACAGUAAAUGGCCUGGCACAGUUGCAACGCGUGCGAGUGAGAAAGAGUGUGGAGUGUGGUCUCUGGUGCGGUGCCCUCCUUCCCGGGGGAAAACGUGCGUAAAUGUUUCGGCGUUUUUGUUUUGAUUCUUAUCACGCCACGAAGCAGACGGCAAGGCAUGCGAGGCAAUGAAAAAUAAAGUAAAAACAAAAUGGAAAUUCGAGCGGGAGAGACAAAUGCGCGCGCAUUCGUUGCUCUCAUUGCGGCUCUGGCUCUCCAUGCGGGCUCUCUCUCUCUGUGGCCACCGGUUUUUCCGCUUUGUGCGAGCUUUCGUUGAUUUUGGAGCGAAGCCCCAACGCAUUUGGCGACGCCAACCUGCUUACAGUUUUAGUUGGGAGCUUGCACUGUUCGGACGUUCAAAAGCCCACAAGCCACGCCCCCACCGACAAGGCACUGGCAAAACACGCGACAAGCAUAGCAACAAUUGCAAAAAAAAAAAAUUACUGUAAAACCCCGAGCAUCAUUCACCCAAUAAGUUAUUUGGGUUGAUAAUUAUCCCCCAUUUGCAUUCCGUUACGUUACAAUAUCGAUUCUAUUCCAUUACAUUCCCAUUCCCACUUACGUUACGUUACGCGAUCUGUGCGCGAUCCGCGCGUUUUUUGUCGCCCGCUAAACGCGUCGAUCGUUAAAAAUUCAUUAGAGCUUAUUAAUCGCUCGUAGCUAUAGAAAUAAUCGCAAUCAUUAUAAAUUAUUGAUACUUGCGAGUGCUGCCCGUGGCCCCACCCCCCAACCCAACCCAACAAGUGUGUGAAUUUUUUCCCUCUCGCUGUGUGUGAGUGUGUGAACGUGUGUGUUCCGGUUGUGCAUCCGAUCGCCAAUCGACUGACCGACCGCCGGUAAAUGUCCACGGAAAAGGAAACGAAACGGAUCUGAUGCAGACGCAGUAGGCCGCUUCGCACGACCGCCGUUGGACCCCCCGCCGCCGUUCGCAUACAAUGUCACGACGCAAACAAUCAAACCCGAAGCCGUUGAAUAAAGGUGAUUGUUCCGAUACCACAGAAGAGAUGACCGUUGACAGCAGAGAUUCCAAAGAUUUAACCGCUCAGGAACUGGGCGAAGAAAAGCAGCAGCAACAGCAGCAGCAGCAGCAGCAGCAGGAGGACGAUCCAAUGGAUCUGCAGGACAACAACAACAACAGCGAUGCAGAUGGCGAUGCCGAUGCCGAUGCCGAUGCAGAUGCAGAGGAUAGGGACAGCAUCCAGCCAGAAGAGACUCAGGAUUUGGGGGAAACAGAAAUGGAGCACAGCCAGUUGGAGGAGGAACGGCAGCAGGCAGAGGCAGCGCCCAUCAGUAGUCCCAGUACACCGCCACGCAGUCCUACGCCCAGCGGCAUUCUGGUGCCAAAGCUGGAGCAGCCAGCGACACCCCCAUCAGCGUCAGAGUCGCCAUCGCCGAGUCCCUCGCCAACGCCCACGCCCACGCCCACACCGAGGCUACCCAAACUGCGCCUCAAUGCGCUGCUCGCCUCGGAUCCCGCCCUGAAGCCCGACGCCAAGGAGCUGCAUCUGUCGGACAAGCGUCUGCUGGCACCGCCGCCCCACAUCAAGCCCGAGCCGCAGUCGCAGCCCGAUAUCGUGGAGCCGCUGCUGAAGCCGGCGCGUUUCAUGUGCCUGCCCUGCGGCAUAGCCUUCAGCUCGCCCUCGACGCUGGAGGCGCAUCAGGCCUACUACUGCUCGCAUCGCAUCAAGGACACGGAGGACGGAGCGGACGGAGCCAAUGCAGACAAGUCGGCCAGCGGCGACAAGUGCGCCACGGGAGGAGUCUCUGGCGGCGGCGGCGGCGCAGGAACUGGCAGCAGUGGCUCGGAGCCGCCGGCAAAGGUGGCGCGCAUCGGCAAGCAGUACGCGUGCGCCCAGUGCUCGUACAGUGCCGACAAGAAGGUGUCCCUCAACAGGCACAUGCGCAUGCACCAGACCUCGCCGGCGCCCAGUCUGAGCAGCCUGGGCUCCCUCGGCAGUCUGCCCAUCGGGCUCACGGCCAAUGGAGUACAGCCCGGCACGGCAGGCGGAAGCGGAGGCGGAGGCGGCAGCAGCAGCAGCGCAACCCUCGAGGAGGCUUCUAGUCAACAAACGGACCGCUACUGCAGCGACUGUGAUAUCCGAUUCAACAACAUCAAGACCUACCGCGCCCACAAGCAGCACUACUGCAGCUCCCGUCGCUCCGACGGCCGUGUCACACCCAAGGGCGGUGCAGCAGCAGCAGCAGCCGAGGGAGCAGCCGCCGCCGCCGCCGCUCGAGAAUCAGGGGGAGGAGCGGCUUCGGCAGGCAGCGCUGCGGCGUCCGCGGCGGCGCCUGGCAAGCUCAGUCCACAGACGCGCAACAAGACACCCACCCCGGCCAUGGUGGCAGCGGCGGCAGCAGCAGCGGCGGCGGCGGCAGCAGCAGCGGCCGCUGCCUCGUUGCAGGCACCCACGCCACAGCCAUUCCUGGCGCUACCCACGCAUCCCAUCAUCAUUGUGCCCUGCAGCCUGAUCCGAGCGGCGAGCAUCAUUCCAGGACCACUGCCCUCACCCGCGUCGGGUAUCGUGAAUCUGGAGUCCACCUGCUUCACCGUGGACAAUGGCGCCAUCAAGCCGCUGGCCACUGCGCUCAUCAGCAAUGCGCUCGCCGGCAAUAUGAAUCACUUUGUCAAUUCGCUGCACCUGCCCGCCCUGGAGCCGCCGGCGGCAGAUCGGCCGACAGCCGAGCGCACUGGCGCUGCCGAGGAGUCCAAGAGCAGCAGUCCGCCAGAGCCCAAGAGGAAGGAGGCAGGCGGCAGUCGUGAAUCGGCGCCCCUCGAUCUUUCGUUUCGGCGCUCGCCCAUCUCCAUCUUGCAGCAGCGCCAGCGGCACAUUCGUUCCGCUGCUGCCGCCGCUGCCGCUGCGCUGCUGGAUGUGGAGGAGGUGCUGCUGGGGGCGGGCAAGGAGAAUGUGGAGUCUGGCUGCGGCGGCAGAGCGGGCGGCAGUGUGACGCCCGAGCAGAUUGUCUGUGCGCCCUCCCUGCCGAGCAGUCCCUCGAUGAGUCCCUCGCCCAAGCGACGGGCGAGUCCCCGGAGCUCGGGUGCGGGCAGUGCCUCCUCCAUGUCGCCGCCCGGCAUGAAUCCAGCCCAUCUGCUGGACAUACGCUCGAUGCUGCCGGCGGACUUUGGCCUGUCGGAGUCGCUGCUGGCGAAGACCAAUCCGGAGCUGGCGCUCAAGCUGGCGGCAGCCGCUGCGGCAGCCGUGGCGGCAGGAGGCAGUGCCUCCUCCUCCGCCGUGGCGGCUGGCUCCAAUGCGGGCAGCCAGCAGCAACAGCAACAGCAGCAGCCGCAGAUCUACGUGAAGCAGGGCGUCUCCAAGUGCAAGGAGUGCAACAUCGUCUUCUGCAAGUACGAGAACUAUCUGGCCCACAAGCAGCACUACUGCUCGGCCCGCAACCUGGAGCCCAGCGGCAACGAGGGCAACGACUCCAAGUGCGCCGUCUCGCCGUCGAAUGCCACAGCCGGCAAUGGUGGCGGUGGCGGUGGUGGCGGCGGUGGUGUCGCCUCCGCCGUGGAGACUACGCCCGUGGCCUAUCAGCAGCUCAUUUGCGCCGCCUGCGGCAUCAAGUACACCUCGCUGGACAAUCUGCGCGCCCACCAGAACUACUACUGUCCCAAGGGUGGCGCCCAGGCCGCCACUGCGCUCGCCGAGGCCACCAAGGAGGCCACCAAGUGCGGCAAGUGCAAGACCCUGCACGAGCACGGACACCCCUGUCCGGCGCCACCCGCUGCUGCCACGCCACUGACGGCGCCCUCCAGCCUCCAGUCGUCGUCGUCGUCAGCGGGGGGGGGUGCCUCCUCGGGCAUGAACAGCGUGAACAAGUGUCCGGUGUGUGGCGUGGUGAGUCCCACGGCCGCACUGGCCCGCAAGCACAUGGAGAUGCACGGCACGGUGAAGGCCUUCCGCUGCAGCAUCUGCCAGUACAAGGGGAACACGCUGCGCGGCAUGCGCACCCACAUCCGCACGCACUUCGACAAGAAGACGAGCGACGUCAACGAGGAGCACUACAUGACCUGCAUCUUCGAGGAGGAUAACUCGGGGCAUGCCGCUGUGUCGCAGGAGCUGCCACCCACAGUGGCAGCAGCGGCGGCCACAGUGCCGCAGCAGGAGCCACCGAUGGAGCAUCCGGCGCAGCUGUUCAACUGCGAUUACUGCAAUUAUGCCUCCACCUACAAGGGCAAUGUGCUGCGUCACAUGAAACUGCUGCAUCCGCAUGUGGCCAUCAAUUCGCCCUCGAUAUCCCCCGAGUCGCGUGAACAGGAGCCGCUGCUGCCCAGCUCCACGCCGAAUGCGCACGAAGCGUCCAAUGGCGAGGCACUCGGCUUCCACAUCAAAUCAGAGCCCGGACUGGACAAUCCACCGACGCUGGCGCUCGUGCACGAGAACAACAACUCGCCCAUUGGCACGCCAUUGCCGCACAUCAAGGCCGAGCCAAUGGAGAUGGGCAUGGAGGCCAUGUCGCCCACACCGCUGGCCCUGGCCCUGCCCCUGCCACCGCCACCGCCCGUUGCCUCGCCCCUGGCGGCCGCUGCAGCCGAGGCCAUGAAGAAGUACUGCUCCGUGUGCGACAUAUCCUUCAACUAUGUGAAGACCUUCCUGGCCCACAAGCAGUUCUACUGCAAGAGCAAGCCCGCGCGGCCCGAGCUCAACGACAGUCCCAGUCCCGGAGUGGGCGUGGGCGUGGGUGUGGGUGUGGGCUUGGGCGUUGGCAUGGGCAUGGGUGGGCAGCCGCUGCAGUCGCCCAGCGAACUGAUGCUGAUGCAGAAGAACAAGGAGAACCUGCAGGAGGCGGCCAUUUGAGAGAGCCAGCAGCGGCAGAUGUGGGAGGCGCAGCGCAAGCAGCUCGAAUGGUAUUACAAGUGCUUCUGAGCAGAGAAUCCAAAUCGAAUAAACUCUAAACUGUAUAAUCCAUAAACAUAAUCCGUAAAUCCAUAAAUCCGUAAAUCCGCGUAACUUGUAAACCGUAGCCUCAACGACGACGACAGUAUUCCUGGAGAAUCUCCCUGUCGCUGCAACACUCCUCCACUCCUGCGAUGCCACGUCAGGACUGACUCCUACGAUCUACCGAUAUAUAGAAAAUAGUUAUACAUAUAAUACAUAAACAUAAAUAUACACAACAUAUAUACAUACAUACA